AUGCGCAUCCGUACCGUCAUAUUGCCAUCUGUACCCCCCUAUCAUAUGGCUUUCAGCGAUGGCAUUAUAGGAAAACGAACAGUGCGCAGCAGCAAAGAUGAAAAUGUUGUGAUCAAUCACCUGGAUGGACCUAAGGGACCAAAAGAUUCUAGACUAGAAGCCAUAAUAGUCAAUGGCACUUUAUCAAGCAGUAAAUUAGGUCACACAGGCACCAUUGCUAAAAAGGAAACCAAAAUGACUGCUUAUUUUUCUCCUUCAAGGUCUCCUCCAGCGGCUGAUGAUGCUGAAGUUGAAGGUGCAACAGUUAUACAGGGAAGCUGCAAAAUGGAUCCAGAAUUGACCAGUGCUCAGCUAAGCCGGCCUCUGCCAACUUCUGCACCAAGUACACCCACAAAAAUGAUGAAUGGCCAUAUUGGUGUUUCAGACACAGUUUCUGUUCUCACCACACCUUUAAAGCGUACUGUAUGUACACGUAGUCAGGCAAUAAAGGCAUUACAAAUUGAUUUAUCGCCCACUUCCCACAAUAAUGCAUCAGUUUCCUCAAGAGCCUCAAAAAGUUUAGAAUUAACUCAAUGUCCUAGCCGGGUUGCUGCGACAUCCUCAGAUCCUGUCCUGUCUACAAAAUUGUCUCGAUCCACUACACCUACCUCCUCUUUACCUAUAUCUGCAGAAGAUGGCACUAUCCUCUCACAGUCCACCAACACCCACAAGAUUCAGGCACUUAAUGAGGAGAGAUUACGACUUGAUUCCCCACUUUCACCAUCAUCUGCCCUAUCCAAACUCAAGCUAUCAGUCGCACCAAAGAAGCUUACAUUCAGCAAACCUACCAAAGCAAGAAAAAAGCUUCCCAUACAAGCUGGCAACCGAGGCUCCUCAGGGAUCAAGGGUGAGAAAUCCUCCAAAGGUAAUACUGCUACUUCAUUAACAAAUGGAGAAGUUAAACCAGCUCUGCGUAACACUCAAAUGACACAGUUCUUUCCUAUACGGAGGUCAGAGCGAAAACCAAAGACAACCCUUCUUCAGGAACGACAAAAGGAGAUAGAGGAAAGAAUAAAGAGUGGCACAGAAGAUGGUCUUAUGGUUAAACAUUUUGGGGCCAAAGGACGUGGAGUAGUUACUACAAGAACGUUUUCCAAAGGAGAGUUUGUUGUAGAGUACAUAGGAGAUCUGAUUGAUGUGAGAGAAGCCAAAGAAAGGGAGAAGAUUUAUUCUCAAGAUUCAUCAAAGGGUUGCUACAACUACUACUUUACUUUCCAAAACCAGCAAUACUGCAUUGAUGCCACAGAAGAGAGCGGUUACUUAGGACGGCUAGUGAACCACAGUCGCAAUGGUAACCUGGUUACAAAAGCGGUGGAGGUCAGUGGUAAACCACAUUUAAUUUUAUUAGCUAAAUGUGAUUUGGAGCCAGGAACAGAAAUCCUUUAUGACUAUGGAGAUAGAUCUAAAGAGGCACUAGAGCAUCAUCCAUGGUUGGCCUCGUGAUUUAUAGCUUUAGAGUUUUAGAAGUGUUUAUAUAGUUUACAUUGAUUUAUUUUGAGGUUCAUUGGGGUAUAUAUAGUGUUGUGACCAGCUGUGGAUAGUUAUACCUCAGGUUGCCAGUAUUAUGUCUUAAGGCUUUGUAAAAGAAUAAGAAUAACUGGUAAAAAUGUAAUAAGGGUGGCUAAUAGUUAAAAGUUGAGGAUGUCGAAGGUAUGACUCGAAAGAAAUUUGAAAAACAAAUACAGAUGCAGUGCAAACUUUCAUUGGAACAACAUUUUGCUCUGUGUAGAGCUUUAUUAAAUCAUUGUGUUGACAAAGCUCUACACAGAGCAGAAGUUUUGCUGCUCUCCACCUGUCUUGCCUUCAGUACUGUUGUUAAUACUCCUUAAUGUUGAAAAUAAAGUUUGUCAUGAUUUCAUUUUGUUCAAAAUUUAUUUUCAUUAUAAUUAUUUUUGUCUUAGGUAUAGCUGCUCCUGUUUUAGAAGAGAGAUUGGUCUACCCCAUUGACCCUCUUAAUCUGUGAUGCAUUAUUGUCAUCUGUUUACUACUGCCAGUCACUGAUCUUCUUUAAAUGUACAUGACACAAAUAAUGUAUAAUAGGUCCACUGCCUGUGGAUUUGACAACCCAGAAAACUUAAUAUAUUGUAGUAAUUUAGGUGUAGAAUGUAUUUUGAAUUUCUACAGUCUAUAAAAAGUCUUGUAAUAAAAAUUUAUUGUUAAGAUAUUACAAUUUUUAACUGCUGCUCAGUCCGGAAGAAACACUUCACUAGCUCGCAGGUAUAAGAUAGAAAGCUUGUCCUUGUGAAAUUUAAUAGGUUUUACUCUUGAUGGUAGUGCUGACAUCAGCACGCACUUAAAACUGGGCUCUUACUUUUAUCAAGAAUAUCAUGACUAGAUAAAGCACUUAUACUUCAGGAGUUUGUAUAUUGCUGUCACUUUUAAACUCUUGUACUUACUUUUGCUGGGAUUCAGCUUAAAGCUGAAUUUUGGGAAGUACAAGUUGAUGUUGGUUCUGGAACGUAUCAUUCAGAACUUUGUAUAACACCCCAAGAAAAAAAAGGAUAUAAUUUUGUGUGUUUAAUAUACAGUGGACCCUCGAAUUUAGUAGUGCCUUUUCUGUACACAAAACUAUUUUUAUUUAUAAAAUGUAUUGUUUGUUAAUAUUUUUGGGUGUCUGGAAUGGGUUAAUUGGAUUUAAUUAUUUCCUAUGGGAAAUAUUAACAAAACAUACAUUUUAUAGAUAAUAAAAAAAGUUUUCAUACAGAAAAGGCACUACUAAAUUCGAGGGUCCACUGUAUAUGUAUUCUGUAUGUACACUCUAGAUAUACAAUUUUUUAGCACGAUGGCCGUCUCCCACCGAGGCAGGGUGACCUAAAAAAAGAAACUUUCACCAUCGUUCACUCAUAAUCACUGUCUUUGCAAAGGCACUCAAAUACUAUUGUUUAGAUGUCACUCCCUACUGCCAGUAUCCCAAACCCCUCCUUUAUUCCUUUGACUGUUUUGGUAAGCCCACAUGUGAGAGAAUGGGUCUGUGUGGUCAGUGUUCACCAUAUAAAAAAAAUCCUGCAGCGUGCAGUUCAUAAUGAGAAAAAACAACUGACCGUUUUUUUUUUUUUUUUAAUUAAAAUGCCGAAUUUGUGGUCUAUUUUCAUAUAGCAUUUGUGGUUGUAUUCUCGUUUUCUUGGUCUCAUUUGAUAGAAUGGAAAACAUAUUAUAGAAAUAGAGGUGAUUUUGAUUAAUUUUACUAUAAAAAGAACUUGGAAAUAGAGCUCAAAGUAGGGGAAAUGUUUGAUUUUUGCCUAUGUUCAAAAGUAAACAAAUGAUGUCAUUGUCCAAUAAAUGUCCAACUAGCCAUUCUAAUAUGCAGUCAUGAAUGGGUUGACAUUAUUUGUAUAAUUAUUACAGUAUUGCAGUAGUCAGCAUAACAGUAAAUCUUCUAUUUUUUGUUUGAAUAAAAAUUCAAAAUAGAAAGCAAGAGUAAUAUCAGAGGGUCCUGGAGACAUGACUGAUGAACAAAGAAAAUGUUAUUUUAGAGCCAGGAAUGUGUAUAUUGUUCAUUCUGGACCUUAUUUUGAAAUUGUCAUAUUUUUUAAUUUUCGUGAAAUUGGCUAAAAUUGCAAAUUUCUGACCACGUUAUUAGGUAGUUGAAAUCGAUAAAUGGGCAGUUUCUUGUACUCAAUCAAUAGAAAAAAUGUAGUUCUAAAGAAAUAGCUGUGAGUUUGGUCGACUGGAACAAUGGAAUUAGCCGAAAAUAGGGCUCAAAGUGGGCGAAAUCGCCGAUUUGUAAAUAUCACCGAGGUCACUAACUUUGCAAGAGCGUAAUUUCGUCAGUUUUCCAUCAAUUUUUUUUUGUGUGUGUCAUUACAAUAGGGAAAAGAUUCUCUAUCGUUUCAUAAGUGUUUUAUUUUUUUUGAGACCCCUCAGGAUUGGGGGUUGCAACAAUCAAGGGGUUAAAAUGCAGACAUUGUACUUCCCACCUCCAGGAUUCAAGUCCAGCUGACCAAUUUCCUUGAAUAUCUUCACAAAAUAUUAACCUGCUCAUCAAGUCUGAAAAAACAUUUAUCCCCACUCCUGUCUAACAUGCUUACACACGUGUCUGAGGGGCUGUGACACACAGCAGGCAGGCAUCUGUGUUUGGAGUGGAGAUGAAUGGUUUUUUGGAGACGAUGAGCUGUUGGAGUGUUAGCAGGGUUAUAUUUUGUGAAGGGAUUCAUUGAAACCAGUUAGCUGGACUUGAAUCCUGGAGGUGGGAAGUACAAUACCUACUCUUCAAAGGAGGUUUAGGAUAUUUGCUGUUUAGGGUGACAUCUGAACUGUCGUAUCUGAGUGCCUUUGCAAAGACAGUGAUUGUGUGAAUGAUAGCGAAAGUGUUUCUAUUUUGGUUCACCCUACCUCGGUGGGAGAUGGCCAGGGUGUUAAAAUAUAUAUAUAAUACACACACACACACACACACACACACUACGGUAAACUGUAUAUUAAAUGCUUGAAAAUGGAGUGAGUGAACUGUCUUAUUUAUUGACUACUUCUGUUGUUCAUCUAGUACUAUGCAGUACUUGUUGUAUGUAUGGUAUUUUUCAUGUACAUCAGUGUACUGUACAUCUUGUGUAGUACACUGUUGAACUAUACAUCUUGGGUGUAAUGCAUCAUUGUACUGAUGGUGUGCAGUACAUCAUUGUACUGUUGGUGUGCAGUACAUCAGUGUACUGUUGGUGUGCAGUGCAUCAGUGUACUAUUGGUAUGCAGUGCAUCAGUGUACUAUUGGUAUGCAGUGCAUCAGUUGUGUAAGAAUGGUAUAUAAUACCGACAAGAUGAAAUUAAGACACAUGUGCAACAUCUGGGUAUCUUUAUUGUAGACGUUUCGCCAUCCAGUGGCUUUAUCAAUACAAAUUCUAGGACAUAACUUGAAGACAGUAGAACUAUGUACAGAAGAUGAGGUAAUCAGUCCCUCAACCUAGGAGUAGGUGCGAAGAGCACCAUAGUCAUGGAGAUUCUGAAGUAGAAGAAAGGAGCCUGGCGCUUAUAUAGUAACGUCAGGUGUAGCAGAUGAGGGCAUAGUCACUGGUAGGCGGGAUUCCCCAGUGGAAGUAGGUCUUUCCCAAAGAGAUGGGUUAGUUGUAGUUGUCGUAGCCGUGAAGGUUAUGUACGUGUCCUCAGAAUCAAGAUUCCAUGAUGCUGCAGUGUCUGACAAGUUGUGUCCUAAAAUUUGUAUUGAUAAAGCCACUGGAUGGCGAAACGUCUACAAUAAAGAUACCCAGAUGUUGCACAUGUCUUAAUUUCAUCACAGUGCAUCAGUGUACUGUUGGUGUGCAGUGCGUCAGUGUACUGUUGGCGUGCAGUGCAUCAGUGUACUGUUGGCGUGCAGUGCAUCAGUGUACUGUUGGUAUGCAGUGCAUCAGUGUACUAUUGGUAUGCAGUGCAUCAGUGUACUGUUGGUGUGCAGUGCAUCAGUGUACUGUUGGUGUACCAUGCAUGAGUGUACUGUUGGUGUGCAGUUCAUCAGUGUACUGUUGGUGUGCAGUGCAUCAUAUGAAUUCAUGUAAGCAUUCAUACUGACUUGAAAGAGUUGAGUGUCAGUUUUGAUCUCAUGUUUAUAUAGGUUGAUGGGGCCUUCCUCAGCAUAUCUUUCAUUGGAUAUGUGAUACCUGUCUCAAAUAUUGCUUAACCAAAUGGAGUUUGUGUGAGAAAAUAUUUUUAUUUUAUUUUUUCUAAGUUAUUUUUUCUGCUAAUCGUAAAUUUGAUUGAAUUGAUUGAGAAGGUUCGUUUGGAUCUUAAAUUUAAAUUUAGCCAUUCCCCUUGAGUCCUAGUGAUGUUUUUCUCUUGUUUAAUUCAUUAUGGUGUGAAGAUAUAAAAUGAUUGAACUUAAAUUGUUGUUCUUCAGGUACAUAUUGAAGUUCCUAUUAUCAUUUCAAUAUGAAUGACAAAAAGAGAAUGAUGCCACCUUGUUAAUAGCUGUCAUUGUUGCUUUGGAAUAACAAAGUUGACAGAAUUCAAGAUACAAGGCUGAAACAACUAGUACUGUAAUUGUAAGUUUUCUUCAGAGGGACCCAUUUUCCUAGUGCUUAGUUACAUUAUUUUAUGAUAUUUGAUGUAAAUAUUGAAGAUGCAUAAUUGCAGUAAAUUGAUUAUAGUAUUUUCAUGAUUAUCAAUUAUGAAGGUGCCACAACUUUUCAGAUAAUCAAAAUAUCAGGUAAGCUCAUCGUAAUUUUUUAUUUUUUAUUGUAGCUAAUUCAGUAGAGGUGGUGAGUGUGAGCACAGUAUUUUCAUACUACACACAAGUGUUAUACAAGAGCUACUGUACAAAACAAUAAUCUUAACAAUCCCAUUUAGAAAAUUUCAUAAAAGGGUAAACCAGAGAAUACAGGUGUUUAGUUGACAAUUCCUUUAGUUUCUGGCUAUAUUUAUUUUUUAUCAUACAACAGUUGUGUGCAGUGGCUUACAUUUAUCAUUUAUUUAAUGUAUACUUGAGAAGAGUGUAGUUGAUGGACCACAGCUGUUCUCAUAAUCUAGCAAAUACUGUACUUGUUAAUUUUAUCCUUAAAGUUUUCAAAUAUUUUGUACCGACCUGGUGAGAAAUGCUUUUAAAAUGUGCUAUUUACAUCAUACGUCCCUGUGAAGAAAACUUAAAGGUGUUCAUUGUUGUGGAUAUGCUUGUAUGCUUAAUUAAAACCUGCCUGUGUAUCUAACUGACCUGGAUGAAGUGAAGAGCACUAAUGCUAAAUUCUAAAUUGUUUGUUAUGAAAUCAAAGCUGAAUAUAUAAAAUAAACAUUUUCAUUCUAGAAAGAUAGCAUUUUAAUGCUGAUAUAUCAAUGUGUAAUUAACACAGGUAAAUGGGAGAGCAAAACCUACAUGGAGAUGAAACCAGAGGAUGGUUGUCUUUGUUUUGACUAACAAUUGAGGUCCUCUUUAUUAGGUGCAGUAAACCCUCCAUAUAAGUGAUUUUUGGAAUGGGAAAAAUUUACUAGUAAAUUGUACCUGUAACUUCUUUAUUUUCAAUGUUUAUUACAGUAUCUAAAUUUGUGUGUACAGUAUUAUACUAGGUAUAGUACUACAGUACUUUUAUUGCUAAUAUUUAACUUUCUGAAGUCAGGAUGUAUACAUUCAUUAUUAGCAUUGUAAUCUCUGUAUGAGAGAAGUUUGGAGGAGUUGGCAAGGUUGUUAGCAUCUGCAUUAAGCAGAAAACACUUAUGUUGACUGCUGAUGUGGCUGCAGACCAGUAACUUGGGCCUGAUUAACAUUGCUUUAUAUUUAUUUUUCUUAGAUAAUAAAAAUUGCCAAAUAAUUUUAGGAAAUUUCCCAUUGGAAGUUUGCCUUUCUGGUCAUUUAGGAGAGUACAUAAGGAACCCAGUAAUUUUAAUAUAUAAUAGGGCCUCAAUUUAAAAUGUUAAUGCAAUGCAGAAAAUUGCGAGUGCUGGGAAUUGAGAACCUAUUUUUCCAUAGCCCCCCAUUUUAUAACUAGAUGUAUUCCUUAGCCAUAAUCUAUAUCUAAUUUGUUUUAUUUUUUAACUAAGAAUAUUUAUCAAAUAUUUUAUAAUUAGCAUUGCUCCAUUUACUUAAAAAAUAGUAUUAUAUUGAUCAUUGUAUACAUGUUAAACAGAGUAGAGCUACACAAUAGUAUACAAUACAGUACUGAUGUGUAGGAGUGGGUAGCAGCUGAGGUUAUAUAGUGUGGGAAGGUAGGGGUGAGUAUGAUUGUGUCAGGGAGUGUGUGGUAUGAGUUCCAGCUCUCAUUUGCCUUUCCCACUUAACUUCUCUUAAAAAAAAAGUCAUCCAUAGCAUGAAUUUACACAAUGUAUGAAUAUUUGGUAAAACAUAAGAUUGAAAACAUACAUUGAAAUAAAGAAAAUCACAAAUACUGAAUCUAUUUAACUUGACCAAUAUUUACCAAACAAAUGUGAGCUUUCUGUGCAUUUAAGUUUCAUACACAAAGUAUUAAUGCAUUUGGAAAAAACUUCAGUGAUUGAAAAUAAUUUGAUUAAAUAUUUGUAAUAUUGUAAAUACCAAGUAGUGUGCGUGAGCUUGUUAGAUAGGAGUGAAUGGAGAUGAAUGGUUUUUGGGACCUGACAAGUUGUUGGAGUGUGAGGAAGGUAAUAUUUUAUAGGGGUUCAGGGAAACUGGUAAGCCGGACAUGAGUCCUGGAAGUGAUAAAUACAAUGCCUGCACUUUAAAGGAGGGGUUUAUUAUAUUGGCAGUUUGGAGGGACGUCUAAACUGUCGUACCUGAGCGCCUCUGCAAAGACAUUGAUUAUGUAUGAGUGAUGGUGAAAGUGUUGAAUGAUGAUGAAAGUUUUUUCUUUCUCUGGGUUUUUCUUUCUUUUUGGGUCACCCUGCCUCGGUGGGAAACAGCCAACGUGUUAAAAAAAAAUACUAAUUGGUUCCAAAGCGUAGAACAUUGUAAGUUGGGGCCCUACUGUAUCCUCGUAUGAAAGCCUGUUUUUUUUUUUUACCCCGUGAAUUACAUAAUGCACUAAAGUCAACCUGUGCUAGUGUUGGGGAACACCUUGUGUUCUACAUUGAUAAAAGCAUUGCACUCAAGGCUGGUUAUUUGAACCUAAUUGUUCUUGUGUAGAUAACAUCCCCCUUCUUAAUUUGGGUUAGAGCAAUUUAAAAUAAUUUAAUCUAGCCAAAAAAAAAAGAAAUUCAUUCAUUACCUGACCAGGGAGGAUGUUAUCUUCAUUUAAAGCAGCCAAGUAAACAUGAUGGCACUUUUAAAUCACUUAAUAUAGAAAACAAUGUCCUCAGUUCCCCAGUGUGACGUUUUUACACAUUGUUGUAAGAAGAAGCUUUUGUCUGAGGCUGGGUUAAUAAUUAUACUUUAUAUCAGCUGAGGCAGUUUACCAAGAAUAUACUGCAAAUUAGAAGUGCUCAUAAAUAUGGAGGGAGAUGUGCAGCUUACAAAAGGUUUCACUACGUAAAAGUGCACUAUAAUAUAUAUAAUGUAUUGGACAGAAAUAAUAUAGAAUACAGAAUUUUAAUUUUUGUAAAAAAAAAAAAAAUAUUGAAAUUAUAAAAUUCUUCUGUGCUGUGCUUCUCUUUUAAUUAGUACAAAUAUAUAAAAAAAAAAAUUUUAAAUAAUUAUCAGAAAUAUAAUUUAUGUAAGUAAUAUUGUAGACAUUUAUGUAAGAAUCUCAAAUAGAAGUCACUAAAUAUUUCUAUUACUUAUUUAUUAUUCAUUAUUGUAUAAAUUAUAGCCAAGAGAAUGCUACCGCAAUAGUUGUUCCGUUGAAAUGUUGAACCAUAUAGAGUCAGAGCACAGUGCUGGACUCCAGCAUCUACACCAAUACAAUGGAAUUACUUAUAUUAUGAAUACCUGUACAUGAUUUAUUUUCUUCCUGUAUUUGUAUUUAAAGGAAUUAUUGCACUUGUUUUGAUAAAAAUGUCAUCCAACACUACCCUUAUCUAGGUUUAAUGUACUUGUUAACUAAAAUACUGUAUAUACAGUACGUAUAUCAGACUGGUCUUUAAAAUUUCUUGAUUUAUCUUCAGCAUCAUGUGUGAUAUACCCAUUCAUACAGUUGAACAAAACAUUUUCUAGCAGAGUAUAGUAUUCUCUUGCUAUUGCAUUGAUUUGUUAAUCUAGUGACAAACUGUUACUGUGAGUAGUAUUUAAAGAAAAUUACAGGAUUAAAGACAAAAGCUUAAUUUUAUUUUUUAACACUGUUCGUCUCCCACAAAGGUAGGGUGAAUGGUAAAACGAAAAACUUUCGCCAUCACUGUCACUGUCUUACCAGAGGUAUGCCGACACUACAUCUCAGAUGCCCCUCCAAACUACAGUAUCCCCACCCAUUCUUUAGAGUGCAGCCUCUUCAAGGGGGGCUCCUUGGCAUGGUGAAGAGGCUCUUGGUCUGAGGAAUUAGACCUUUUGGUCUCUUUCCUCACAUCAAACCUAAUUACCCCCCAAUCCCCCCUUCCCUAUCCCAUCCUCCCUUUUUUCCUUUCCUCCUCCUCCUCUCUAUCCCUCCCCUAUUCCCUUCCUCUUUUCAGCCUUUGGGAUUCUUCCUAUAGGCAAUCUAGUUCCUAGGUAGGGGGGAAGGGUACCGGGGUCCAUCCCAUUCCAUUGAGGUCCUUGGCAGUGGUGUAGUUUUCCAUGGAAUCUGGAUCACCUGGGGAUGUCCCGAUCCCUCUCCGGUCUCCCAGGGUAUGGGUUUGGGUGUCUUUUGGGUGACAGGUGUAUCUCUGGAGGCUGCCUGUUGGAUUACAAGGGGUGGUGGCCAAAGGAGGUAUGCCUUGUGGCGGGUGUCCAGCCGCCCUCUCUUUUGUCCACUGAGGUGGCUCGGUGGAUGUGAGGUUGCUAUCCUGGAUUGCUGGUUUACUGGCAUGAAGGGUAGGGUAUGGCACAGGUUCCAUGCUGCACCUGCACUGCUUGUGGUGCUGAGGUCCUCUUGGGCAUGGAGGGGGAUUUACAACCCUCUUUUGCGUCCUAGGAGCUAUUCCU